AUGUCAUCGUCGAUUCAAGUACUUAACCCAAAGGCGGAGUCUUUAAGACGUUCUCAAGCAUUGCAGGUAAACAUUGCGGCUGCACAAGGGUUACAACAAGUUUUAGCUUCCAAUUUAGGACCUAAAGGAACAUUAAAAUUAUUAGUUGAUGGAUCAGGUAACCUUAAGCUUACUAAGGAUGGUAAGGUUUUAUUGACUGAAAUGCAAAUUCAGCACCCAACUGCUGUGAUGAUUGCUAGAGCAGCCACUGCACAAGAUGAAAUUUGUGGUGAUGGUACCACCACCGUGAUUUUGUUAGUAGGGGAAUUAUUAAAAGAAGCUGAGAGAUUUAUCAGUGAAGGGGUACACCCAAGAGUGUUAGUUGAUGGAUUUGAGAUUGCAAGAGAAGAAACCUUAAAAUAUCUUGAUGGCUUUAAAACAACCCCAGAGAAGUUUGACAGGGAAUUUUUAUUGCAGGUGGCCAGAUCAUCAUUGUCAACCAAGGUUAAUAGCGAAUUAACCGAUGUUUUGACUCCUAUUGUGACCGAUGGGGUAUUAUCAGUAUACGAAGAAGGCCAAAGAAACUUGGAUUUACAUAUGAUUGAAAUUAUGACUAUGCAACAUGGUAGUGCCAAAGAAACAGAAUUGAUCAAGGGAUUGGUAUUAGAUCACGGUGCCAGACAUCCAGACAUGCCAAGAAGAAUUGAAAAUGCCUAUGUGUUGAUUUUGAAUGUAUCAUUAGAAUACGAAAAGACAGAAGUCAACUCUGGAUUUUUCUACUCUAGUGCCGAACAAAGAGAAAAGUUAGUGGCCUCUGAAAGAAAAUUCGUUGAUGAAAAGUUGAAAAAAAUCAUCGAUUUGAAAAAUGAAGUAUGCGAAUUAAACUCCAACAAGGGAUUCGUCAUCAUAAACCAGAAGGGUAUUGACCCAAUGUCCUUAGACAUAUUAGCCAAGAAUGGCAUUUUAGCUUUAAGAAGAGCAAAGAGACGUAAUAUGGAAAGAUUGCAAUUGGUUUGUGGCGGAGAAGCACAAAACUCCGUCGACGAUUUAUCUCCAGCGAUUUUGGGAUUUUCCGGUUUAGUAUACGAAAACAGUAUUGGAGAAGACAAAUUCACAUACAUUACUGAAAAUAAAGAACCUAAAUCCGGUACUAUAUUAAUUAAGGGUGCUAACAAUCAUGUCUUACAACAAAUUAAGGAUGCUGUAAGAGACGGUUUGAGAUCAGUUUCCAACGUCUUGAAAGAUCAAUCGAUUAUACCUGGCGGGGGUGCGUUCUUUAUGAGCUGCAACAAUCACUUAUUAAAUACUAAAAAUGAAUUUUUAAGGGGAAAGAACAAGUCUGGUAUAAAGGCAUUUAGCGAGGCCUUAUUGGUUAUUCCAAAAACGUUAUCUAAAAAUGCCGGGUUAGACUCAUUGGAAACCUUAUCUAACUGCCAAGACGAAAUUGAUGACAGAAUCGUCGGUAUCGACUUGAAGUCUGGCGAGCCAAUGGAUCCAACUAUCGAGGGUGUAUGGGACUCGUACAGAGUGAUGAGAAACGCUAUUUCUGCUGCCACUGGUAUUGCUUCUAAUUUAUUAUUAUGUGAUGAAUUAUUGAAGGCUGGUCGUUCCUCCUUGAAAGAAGGAGCGGGUGGCCCCGCUGGCCCUGGUGGGCCUCCAAUGGGAGCACCUCCUAUGAUGUAG